GUGUUGUUAGAUGGCAGCAGCCGCCAGCAAAUGACAAGAUUAAAAACUUUGCUAAAACAUAGUUUUCUCAGAUAUUACGUACCAAGAUCAAAGUUCAUCUGGCAAAGCUGCAUCAUCGCCGCACAUGUGUGGUGAAAUCACUGCCAGUACAUUAGUCGCUCAUUAGUCGAUAUCGAGAAAGGUGCCAUUACUCAACAAAAACAAUAUCUUGCCUUGAAAUGAAGGUGUCUCGAGGUCUUCGCCUGCUGAAACUGCUCCCAAAUGUUCGGAACUCAAGCAGUGGACCCACCAAACCCCAGAAAAUCGUCACCAAAUAUUUUGAAGAGAUCAGCAUACCUGUUCCAUGGGGACACAUUUCGGGAAAAUGGUAUGGACCCAAGCACGUGCGACCCAUUGUGGGCAUGCAUGGGUGGCAGGAUAAUGCCGGUACCUUUGAUACGUUAGCCCCGCUACUACCCUCGCAUCUGUCCUUCCUGAGCAUUGAUGCCCCGGGUCACGGACUCUCCUCGUGGCUGCCGGCUGGCUGUUCAUACCACUCUAUCGACUUAGUGUUAAUAACCCGCCGCCUGAUGGACGAAUAUAAGUGGGACAAGAUAUCGAUACUAGCCCAUUCGAUGAGUUCCAUUAAUGGCUUUGUGUUCAGUGCCCUGUUUCCCGAUAAAGUCGAUUUGUUUGUGGGACUGGAUGUAUUAAAACCACCCGUUAGAAGUGCGCGCCACAUAGUGGAUGGGCUAUCCGAACGAUUGGAAGCGACAUUAAAGCUGGAACGACGCCUGAAAAGUGGCUCUGAACCGCCCGCCUACGAAUGGGAUCAGUUGGUGACCCGGCUGCACGAGGGAUCGAAUAAAUCUGUAUCGUUGGAUGCCUGCAAGUACCUGUUGCAGCGGAACACCAAGCCCUCGACGCACGAACCACACAAGUAUUACUUUUCCCGCGAUAAUCGACUUAAGUCAUCGCUAUUUUACACGCUGCACCAGGAGGUUCCAAUGGAGAUGGCGACUAGGAUUAAGUGCCCUCACCUGUUCAUCAAGGCCUUGCAAGCGCCUUACUACGAACGCAAAGAGAACUUCGAUGAAGUUUUGGCAGAGUUGCAAAAGAAUCCCCUGUUCGAGUUUCACGAGGUCGAGGGAACCCACCAUGUCCACCUCAACGAGCCCGAGAAGGUGGCCCCCAUCAUCAAUUCCUUUAUCAACAAGUAUCGACCUUUAUGAGAGGGGAAUAGUCCCGGAUGUGCAGACGUUGUGCAAACUAGUUCAUUGAUAGACCAUAUUCCUAGACCUUAAUAUUCCCUGACGCAGAUUGAUGAUAUUGACUCGAUAUUAGACGCAAAUCAAUCUCACAUUUAGAAAAUACCCAAGCAUUAAACAUUCGGUUGCUUCUAUUUAAUUUAUUAUUUACAAUUGAUACCGGCAAUAACAUUAAAGUUAAACACUACAUUACAAACUUCAAAAUAUA